GACGGCGAACGUGCAUAUCCACCUCUUCUGCACUUGGUAAUGAGUAUCCAAGGCAACAUCUCCAUGUCCAGCACGUACGCAUCUCCCGGUUCGGUGGCAAGCCACGAACCACUCGCCUCUGCUACCAGUCGAUCCUACCAUCCCGACUUUAGCUCCCCCGACGCCGAUGCUGUCCUCUGCUCUCAGUCCGGCACCCUCUUCCGCGUCCCCUCUAUCGUUCUGAAGAUGACCUCCGGCUUCUUCCGCUCCGUCCUCGCGCUCCCGCCGCCCAAGCCCAGCGCCGAGCACCCCCUCCCAAUCGCCGAGCCCGACGAGACGAUGCUCCCGCUCCUCAAGCUCAUGUGCGGGCUCCCCAUCCCGCCCUGGCCCUCAUUCUCCUCCAUCGAGGACGCGCUCGCGCUCGCGGAGGCCUGGGAGACGCCGGGGCCCAUCUCCGUCAUCCGCACCGCGGUCACGGCGCCCGCGUUCCUCGUCGAGCCUCUGCGCGUGUAUGCGGUUGCGCAACGCUUUGGGUGGGCCGCGGAGGCGCAGGUAGCGGCGAGGGCGACGCUGGCGCUCGAUUUAUACGACGACGUGCACCAGGCGUCGCUGCAGAAGCUGUCUGCGGGGGCCCUGAUGGCGCUGCUGGGGCUGCAUCGGCGAAGGCGAGAUGAGCUGAAGCAGCUGCUGGACCAUUCGGACAUGUUCAGCGCGGGGAAUGACGAGGAGGCGCCGUGCGCAAACUGUCAUGCGAGGAAGAAUAACUCGACGUGGCGCGAGUUGAAGGCGAGGAUAUUCAUCGAGAUGGAUAGGCGGCCUUUGGGAGAUACGUUGUACGGGCUGGAGAUGGAGGAGUGGCCGGAGUCGGUGGCGUGCUGGAACGCGAAGUGCUCGCAGUGCGGGAAGGUGAACUACGACAAGGCGACGACGAAGAGGAACAUACAAGGAUGCGUUCUGCUGCUGCCAGACGCUAUCUCAUAGAGGUCCAGACCGACGUCAGGCAAGACAUAUGCAUGCAUAGGGUGUAGAUAUCAGGUACUACAUGAUGGGAUGUUAUAGGAUUAUACGUGAGUCAGGA